UAGUAAAAAAGCAACACGAUUAGUAGAAGUGGGUUGGUUAUGUAUGAGCCCGAUAGAUAGUAGGUUACGACAAGUCAGAACAAAAACAGGAGGGGGCACUCGUAAAAUAUCGGUUGAUCAAAAUAGCAAAUGUCAAGAAGUACUAACAAGAGCAAUAGAUUUGUUUUUUCCAUUGGGAAAGUCAUCGAAAGGUCCUCUGACUAUCUUUGAAGUAGAACUCCUCGACUAUAAAAGUAAUAAAUUUGACACGGACCUUACGGUGAAAGAAAUGUAUGAUAUCUCAGCCUUAUCAAUUUUACGAUUCUAUUUGGCCACGAUAUAUAAAGAGGGUGUAGAAACACGUGGAAAAGGAAAUGAUGAAGAUGACGUCAUUCCAUCAACAAUAACAAGCAAAGAGGAUCAGGACCAGGCGGAUAUUGCUGAAUCAGGAUCUACAAUUGAAAAUACUAAUUGUUCGAUAACUUCAGCACCACGCCGGUCUGCACGUUUAAUGAAUACAUCAACCCCUAACGAUAGAAAACUUGAAUCUGGCCUGGUAGAGUUUCUCACGAAUUUUGAUGGCAGUAAUAUUGACUCUGAUGUGAUUUAUACCACUGACUACACAUACGCAAGUAGCAUUGAUGACCUAAGGCAUGAAGAUUUGUUUCCACAAUUGGAUUUUGAUGUUACUACUAACCACUCCAAUAACGAAGAACCUAAGAGUAAUGAUACAACCAUUUUGGUUAUUCAUAGGGGAAAGGUAUUGGAAGAAUUAAUUGAAGCUUUCCAACAAACCUUUUUCAACAUCGAUGAUGUCAAAAUUACAAUGAUUUUGCCAAACGGCCAAACUGAACGUGCUGAAGACAUAGGCGGAGUGUUCCGAGAUUCGUUGUCUGAAUUCUGGGAGAGUUUUUACGACAAGUGUACGAGAAGAGCAGUGGCGCGCCGUGGGUAGGAUAUUGGUAAAAGGGUAUAAUAAAGAAAAUUAUUUUCCUAUUAAAUUGGCACCUGUUUUUAUAAAAAGCUGCCUUCAACAGAAUUGUGCCGAUGAGGAAAUCAUCUUAAAUUUUCUUCAGUUUAUCAGCCAAUCUGAAGCUGAAACGGUGAAGGCUGCUAUCGAUGAUUUUGAUAAAGUCGACUACGAUGAUCUCGUAGACUUUUUUUCGAACUAUGAUGCAAAAUGGCUUCCCACAAAAGAGAAUAUAAAGCGGUUAAUCAGAGACGUCGCACAUAAAGAAAUGAUCCAGAAGCCUGCUUACGUUAUGAAAUGUUUUAUCCAAGAAUUUAUAAAUACUAGUCUGAACAUUGCCAAUUUAGAAAGCAUUUAUAAUGAUAUUAAACC